UUUCUAUGCGAGAUUUGUUUUCAAAUGGAGGAGUCUUUGAUAUUCCGAUGGGACCAGGGACACUCAAAGUACGGCGGCUGCAGCGAUAAGCUGGGCCGAAGCGAUUCGGUGUCAUCUGCGAGGUUUGAAUCAAGUUUACGCUGCGAGGGGUAAACAGAGACACUACAGUUUUUUUGUGUUUUAUCGGCGCAGGGUAGUUUUCUAACCGGUUUCAUUAGCUUGACGAGCUAGCAUACAUGCCAACAGCUGUGGGGCGCUAACGGGGAUGCGUUGGAAGGUGUUGCGGAGGGGUUUUAUUUAGGUUUGUUUGCACUGCUUUGUAACAUGGACUCUGGUGGUAGUUGUAGUCUGGCAGCGUUAGCUUGUCUAAGGUGAAGUGCCUGCUCAAAUAGUUAUGAGCGGUUUCAAUCAAAACCUCCGCAUAAGCUCGUCUUUCAGCGCAGACAGUAAAGGUCCAGCGGUCAGCCCUGACACCGGGAACAAGGACUGGGCUCUGGGAAGCGAUGUGUUUCCCUGCUGUCACGAGAUGAGCCUCGUGGACGAAUCGAUGCAGGCGGGGAUGUCGUCGGUCCAACCGGGACUGGACGGUCACCUGCCGCUAAUACGUGCCCAGAACAACGGCUCCCAGGAUGGCAUUUUUUUCGAGCUGGACUCCCCGGAAGACUACCUGGACAGCAGCCCGUUAGAGUACAGGGACAGCGAUGGGAACGGCGUUGGCCCGUUAUUCGAGAGGAGGAAGAGGUCUCGCUCCAACAGCUCCAGACACAGGUUUAACGAGGUGGUGACGGAGCUAGUCCCGGAGGAGGUUCGGUGGUUCUACAAAGAAGACAAGAAAACAUGGAAGCCUUUCGUCGGACACGACUCUCUUAAAAUUGAGCUAAUGUUUCGGAAAUACUGCGAGCUGAACCCCGGUGCGAUGCGCUCCGGGGUCGGCGAUGGAGAGGAGGAGACUGGCGGUAAAUGUGUGGACAGCCCGGGGCAGAACGGCGCAGUGCCCGUGGACACUGGCACUGGCAGCGUGGACGAAGGCCGCGGCUCUCUUGACACGUCCACGGUGUCUUUUGAUGGGACCGACACGGACGGCACUGAAAUCAACGUAGAACCCGUGUGUGUUCGGGGAGGCCUUUAUGAGGUCGAUAUAAAAGAGAGAAAAUGCUACCCUGUCUACUGGAAGCAUCUGUCAGAGUCAGCAGCAGCCAUAACCCCCCAUACCAGCAUAACUUCUCCUCCCUGUCCCAGUGAAGAAGAACAAGACCAUAUUCCUGUGAUGAGAGGCCAGUGGUUCAUCGAUGGCAGCUGGCUCCCACUGGAGGAAGAAGAGAGCGACCUUAUAGAGCAGGAGCACCUGAACCAUUUCCGAGGCCAACAUUUGCAGGACACCUUUGAGACGGAUCUGGUGGUGAAGACUGUUGAUAGCAAAGAUGCUAUCCACCAUUUGAAGCUGAGUCGGACGCAUGUAGAUUGGCACAGCGUAGAAGAAGUCUACCUUUAUAGCGACGCUACCACAUCAAAAAUUGCUCGCACUGUUACACAGAAGCUGGGCUUCUCCAAAGCCUCAAGCAGCGGCACACGACUCCAUCGAGGUUACGUAGAGGAGGCCUCUCCUGAGGACCGGCCCCCUCAGACUACCCACGUUGUCUUUGUGGUGCACGGGAUUGGCCAGAAGAUGGACCAGGGCCGCAUUAUCAAAAACACUGGAAUGUUGAGGGAAGGUGUGAGAAAAAUGGAAGAGAAGCACUUUUCUGAGCACAACGAUGAACACGUAGAGUUUCUCCCUGUCGAAUGGCGCUCUAAACUAGCGCUGGAUGGAGAUACGGUUGACUCCAUCACACCAGACAAAGUGCGAGGGCUGCGAGACCUUCUCAACAGCAGUGCCAUGGACAUCAUGUACUACAACAGUCCUCUUUAUCGCGACGAAAUAACCAAGGGCCUCACGGAGGAGCUGAACAGACUGUACUCGCUCUUCUGCACGCGGAACCCUGAUUUUGAAGACCGGGGUGGAAAAGUGUCUAUUGUGUCUCACUCCCUUGGCUGUGUCAUCACCUAUGACAUUAUGACAGGAUGGGAUCCAGUACGGUUCUGUCUGCAGGAGCAUUGCGCAGUAGAGGAGGAGCAGGAUUUCCGCUGGAUGUCUUAUGAAGAGAGGCAGCUUUUAGAGGAGCUGAGGCUCACAAAGAAUAGGUUAAGAGAGUUGGAAAAUCAACUGGUCAAAUUGGAGGCCUCUAAUCCUUCAGCUCCCCCAGCUCUUAAAUUCAAGGUAGAAAACUUUUUCUGCAUGGGGUCUCCUCUAGCAGUUUUCUUGGCCCUGCGAGGGAUUCGCCCAGGCACCAGCGGCCAUCAGGACCACAUCCUUCCAACCUCCAUCUGCAGCCGGCUGUUCAAUGUCUUCCAUCCCACAGACCCUGUGGCUUACAGACUGGAGCCUCUCAUCCUUAAGCAUUAUAGUAACGUUGCACCUGUCCAGAUACAUUGGUGUAGUGCCUCUAACCCUUCAUCCUAUGAUGAGGUCCGGCCUACCUUCCUCAAUCCGGUUAAAGAUCCAACUUCAGACACGGAGAGUAUUCCCAGCCCGAGUACGUCUCCUGUCUUGGCCCGUAAACACUAUGGAGAGUCUAUCACCAGCCUGGGAAAGGCCAGCAUACUAGGUGCAGCGAGCAUAGGAAAGGGUUUAGGAGGCAUCCUCUUCUCACGGUUUUCCCGAUCAAACAGCCAACCUUCAGUGUCCUUAGGAGUUGAGGGAGGAGCAAACGCUGAGGAAGAAGAGGAGAAGCGCACAGAAAGCCAGUCGUCUUAUGGUCUUUCCACAAUAACUCGACCAACAUCUCCCACUGGUGACGCUUUAUUGGAGCUGGAAAGACGCAUCGACUUCGAGCUGAGGGAGGGUCUGGUAGAGAGCCGCUAUUGGUCAGCUGUGACCUCACACACUGGCUACUGGUGCUCACAUGACAUUGCACUCUUCUUGCUGACCUUCAUAUAUAAUAAGUCAACACCCUCUGCCUCAGCAGAAGACACUCCGGAACCAGACUGAGGCAUUUGUUACAACACACAGGCCUGAAGAGGUGUCCUGUAACUGCUGAAGCUUUUGUCAUUUCUUGACAAAGCUCAAACUGUGACUGUUUGAUUCUCCCCUUGCAACCUUUCAAAUACAUGAACUAUCAACCUGUCCCUUUGUCUUGAUUUAUGAACCAGCUACAUUUGAGAAGCAUUGGUAAAAACAACAACGAAAAGAACCUUCAUUUUGCGAUGUAGCCAUUGACGGACCAGGAACCCCUACUGAAGGAAACUCUGCGCCAGUAUGAUCGCUAACAGUACCAUGGAAGAAGAGGCAAUUAUCCUAAAUUAUGGAGGUUCCUCAUGCGUCAAAAAAGCAAUUUUAUUUUCAUCCCAACAUUGAGUCUGUUCAGCUUAUUUGGUUGUCUACAAGUUUAAUGUUUUAUCAGUCCAUCUGCUCUGCAGACACUCUGGAGCCUUCUGCUGUAUUUUUGGAUAUAUAAAAGGAAUGAUUGUUACAAAAAGGAUUUUUCACAAAACGUUUAGCCAACAUGUGAAAAACCCACUGCUUACAUGGGAAUGAAAUGCCUUUUGAAGCCCAAAAAUGUUACAAAUAUACUAUUUUCACAAAAAAAAACAAAAAAAAAAAACAAUAGGGCAUGAACCCUUUAAUAAUAUUGGCAAUAUGAGUUUUAUUCAGUUAUUUGCUUUCAACUUUUUAAGAUCAGUAAUAUUUGAAAGGCGCAAACCAAAUACAACCUCAGCAUAUUGUACAUUUGUUGUCAAGUAUGACUUCUUGGUUUAGUUACACCAAAAUAAAACACUUUUAGUUUUUGGGGAAAAUUUCUUUCAGCAGUUGCAGCUAAAUAUUUCCCUUUUAAAUUCCAUGUUACUUUCAGACGUGUACCUCUUGUGUACCACAGCAGGCCGACUGGAAAGCAUAUAAUUAUUUUCUUACGCUUUAUGACAGUGGGAAGGUCUUGAUGGUGUGGUUUACACAAGUUCUACUGAAAGCAGUCAUCGUUGCUCAACUGAAAUCAGCACUUCUUUAUUUGUAUCAAUUGAUGGAGAUCAUCCUUAUCUUUGCCUAUAUGUUUUUAUUGAUGUCCAAAUGAAAUGAAUGGUUCUAUGUGUAUUUUUAUUGGAAAGCAGAAAUAUUUUCUUAAUGAUUUUCAGGCGCUUGCAGAUAUAAACCUGAAUCUCAUGUGAAAAGUGGGAUUCAGACUUGUGGCCAAAUAACACUUAUGUGUCCAGUGUGUUAGCUGCUGUAGUGAAGCUGCUGCCUGUGGUCCAUGGAAAAAUGUAAUUGACAAGGUGUAAAACUUAAAAGGAUGUUUUGUUUAGGUGUUUCGAAGGCAAUGCGUAUGUCAUCGUUUCUCCGCUUUUUGUUACCAAUGUGCACUUUUUUUUGUCCUUUGGCCAGAUGUUAUAUUGGUGUUUAUUUAUGAAAAUUUCCAGCUGCAGUCGAAUAGUCAAACAAAGUCACUUGAAGUAUAAUUGCUCGUAUGAAACCUAGAUUUACUCCAAAAAGAUAGAAAAAAAACAAAGCCAGGAUCUGUGGUAAGUAAUUAUUUUCUCAAAUAAAAAUUUUUUUAAAAAUCUGUGAUUCUAGGCGCAAACAAGAUCCCUCUUUAAUUUAUGGUCCCAGUAAUAUUUCUGCAGAAACUAGAAUGCUUUUGCACUUUGCAUGGUCUCAGAUAAAUAGCUGAUGAAUGUUGGAACAAUAAAAAAAAUAGUGCAGUGUGCCAACACACAUCUAUGAAUUUUUAACACUGCAAAAUUAACUCAUUUGAAACGACGCAAGCAAAGGAUGAAGAAACAAAUGACGUUGCAUUACAACAUGUCAAAUUUAAUGUAUCCAUUUUUGUUGUAUUGUCAUACAGGGUCAUCUCAUAAAGUCAGAAUAUCAUCAAAUAAAUGAUUUAUUUCAGUAAUACGCUUCUAGAAGUGAAACUCUUAUAAUGUGCAGAUUAAUUGCACAGAGUGAGUUUUUGGUUAUGGUUUAUAUAAUAAAAAUCUAAAACUUGGUUUCUAUUAAAAUAUCACAUGAA